CCGAGCGGAGGCUGCAGACCGCGGCGAGCGAUGAGGAUGGAGGCCCGGGAGGCAGCGGCGGCGGGGGCGGGCGGUCGCGCCGCGGGCGGCUGGGGCAAGUGGGUGCGGCUCAACGUGGGGGGCACCGUGUUCCUGACCACCCGGCAGACGCUGUGCCGCGAGCAGAAGUCCUUCCUCAGCCGCCUGUGCCAGGGCGAAGAGCUGCAGUCGGACCGGGAUGAAACGGGGGCCUACCUCAUUGACCGUGACCCCACCUACUUCGGGCCCAUCCUGAACUUCCUCCGGCAUGGCAAGCUGGUGCUGGACAAGGACAUGGCUGAGGAGGGCGUGCUGGAGGAGGCGGAGUUCUACAACAUCGGCCCGCUCAUCCGCAUCAUCAAGGACCGGAUGGAGGAGAAGGACUACACGGUGACCCAGGUGCCGCCCAAGCACGUGUACCGCGUGCUGCAGUGCCAGGAGGAGGAGCUCACGCAGAUGGUGUCCACCAUGUCUGACGGCUGGCGCUUUGAGCAGCUGGUGAACAUCGGCUCCUCCUACAACUACGGCAGCGAGGACCAGGCCGAGUUCCUGUGCGUGGUGUCCAAGGAGCUGCACAGCUCCCCGCAUGGCCCGGGCUGCGAGGCCAGCCGUAAAGCGAAGAGCGCGGAGGAGCAGCUGGAGGAGCAGCGGCAGCAGGAGGAGGAGGUGGAGGAGGUGCAGGUGGCCCAGGUGCAGGUGGAGGCAGAUACACAGGAGAAAGCCCAGUCACCUCAGGAUCCCGCUCACCUUCCCUCCCUCUCACCGCCGCCUCCUCCUCUGCUUCCCACUGGAGGUUCCCGUCUGCGCCCCCUCAGACCCGAGGCUGAGCUGGCAGUGAGGGCUUCUCCUUGGCCCCUCGCCCGCCCCCAGAGCUGCCAUCCCUGCUAUUACAAGCCAGAGACACCCGGAUGUGAGGCCCCAGAUCACCUGCAGGGACUUGGGGUUCCCAUCUGAAAUCCUUUAUUUUUGUACCAUGGGGUGGGCCCCGGGCCUGGGAAGGAAGACGCACUCUGUCCCCUGCCACUUCUGCCUGCACCUCCGGGGCUGUGACUUGCCUCUGCCUCCAGGGCCCAGGCAGGGACCCACUGGGACCUCCCAAGGCCUGAGGUGGGUCCUGGGACCCCUGGGUAGAGCCACCUGCCCAUGGCCUCGGUGUGGCGCUGCCCAGCUGUGUCUCCCAGCACCCUCUGUCCCCUCCUCCUCCAGGGGCCCCUGUGGCACGGUGACUGUGCUCCCUCCUGGCCCCAUCACGUCACCUCCUUGAGCCGCAGCCUUCUGGGGUCCAGUGGGGAACCUCCCCACACAGGGUGGUUGUGGGGUGCAGCGAGGACAAGGUCCCCGGGGGCCCUAAGAGCCAGGGCUGCUCUCCCUCACCCCCUUGGCUGGGAGAGCCUGGCCAGCCCCAAGCAUGACAUGCACAUGGAGACUCAGGUAGUGAGGGUGACGGGUGCGGGGUUGGCCCUGUCAGAAGGAAGGGACAGGCAGCUUGGCCUUCGCCUGGGCCGUGUCGCGCCCACCCGUGUGCUGCUGCAGGGCCCUGGCCUGCAUGGGGCCCAAGUGGCUACGCAGGGAGAAGGGAAGGGGGACGUUCCUCCCUCUGCCCAAGGCAGGGUCUGGGUGUGAUGGGGCUGAGCGAGGGGCCCCUCCGCACUGUGACUGCCUGCGAUGGGCACUGGCCUCAGCUGCGCCCGCCGCCGUGGAAUAAAAC